AUGACUUUUGAAAAAAAGAGUCGAAUCAAUGUAUUUUCAUAUCGAAAAACUGGUUUAUUGUUGAUUUCGACGAUUUUUGGAGCCACUCUUUUCAUACAUUUUUUCCGAGCCAAUCUUUUUGACAACGGAAAAGAGCCAAAAAAACAGAUUGUACUGCAAAACUUCCUCGCAACUCGGGACCCUGAAGCGAAUGGACGAAAUUUGAGAAACCCAAAUGAAAUCUUUCUCAAGUACAUCUAUCAAAAUUGGAACAAAGCUGCCCUCUUCGUGCUUAUUUCAUUGAUUGUUUUGAUGCUCUCUUUUACUCAAACCCUUCUGUCUUUAAUCGUUCAAUCUGAUCGGCUCAAUGAAUUCACUGUGUUAACCAUUUCUCUGAACUUCACUGGUCAUCGCUCAAAUUCAACCAGAUGUUUUACAACAAUAAAACGAUCAACGACCAAAUCGAAAGCCGAAACAGCCACAAGAUUGGCAGCAAGAACCUUGCAACUGCAAACCUAUCUGAUCCCCAUUCUGUUCAUCGCCGUCAUUUCCAUCUUCGCU